AUGUCUGCCUUUCGCUCCCUUUUCGCCGCCUCCAUGGUCGCCCUGGCCAGUGGCCACAUGCUCAUGAACACCCCCCAGCCCUACGGCACGCCCGCCCUCGUCAACGGACCUCUUCACGCUGAUGGUUCCAACUUCCCUUGUCAGCUGACUGCCGGUGGCUCUUUCUCCGCCGGCGGCGCAUCAAACACCUACCCUCUCGGCUCCGAGCAGGAGCUCAAGUUCACCGGCCAGGCCGUCCACGGCGGCGGUUCUUGCCAGGUGUCCAUCACCUACGACAGCAACCCCAGCGCUUCGAGCACAUGGAAGGUCAUCCGCUCCAUCGAGGGUGGCUGCCCCGCCCAGGGCCAGACGGGCAACAUGGGCGACGACGCCAAUGCGGCCGACCCCUACACCUACAACUUCACCGUCCCGGACAACAUCCCCACCGGCUCGGUCACCCUUGCCUGGACCUGGUUCAACAAGAUUGGCAACCGCGAAAUGUACAUGAACUGCGCGCCUGUCACCCUCACCGGCACCUCGGGCAGCAAGUCCAACUUUGACAGCCUCCCCGACAUGUUCGUCGCCAACGUCGGCAACGGCUGCGGCACCGUCGACAGCACCGACCUGCUCUUCCCCAACCCCGGCAAGGACGUUGUCUCCAUGAACGGCGCCACGUCGGCCUUCUCGACGCCUACGGGCACGGGCUGCCAGGCUGCUGGAGCUGCUCCCACGGCUGGUGGUUCGGGCUCUGGCUCUGGCUCCGGCUCCGGCUCCGGCUCCGGCUCCGGCUCUGGCUCUGGCUCUGGCUCUGGCUCUGGCUCUGGCUCUGGCUCUGGCUCUGGCUCUGGCUCUGGCUCCGGCUCGGGUACCACUGCUGCUGCUGCCGGCAGCACCUCGGCUGCUGCUGCUGCUGGCGGUGUCUUUGUCACUGUCGCCACGUCUGGUGCUGCCGCCGGCGGUUCUGCUGCCACUACGAGUCCCGCUGCUGCCAAGUCCGGUGCUUCCACCACAACCACCAGCGCCACCUCGACCACCACUCUGCCUGCCGCCGCUGGCGGUGCUGCUGGUGGUGCCUCCAGCGCUGCCGCUCCCGCUUCGUCUGCCGCGUCCUCCGGCUCGAGCACGACGUCGUCCACCUCCACUGGUUCCGCCGAGGCUGCCGGCUCCGCCUGCUCGCCCGACGGCACCUGGAACUGCUUGGGCAACUCAUACCAGCAGUGCGCCAGUGGUGUCUGGUCUGUCGUCAUGCCCCUGGCUCAGGGCACGACUUGCAAGGGUAGCCAGGGCUCUUCCAUCGACAUUGUGUCGGGCCGCAAGUCCCGCCGCGUUGCUCUGCGCUUCCGCGCAUAA